UGGCACCUGUCUUAUCGAUAGACAUUUAGCCAUGCAUUUGUUUAUUAUGCAAGGUAUAUUAGUAAAUAAUGAUAUUAAGACGGAUAAUUAUAACAUAAAGUGCUAACCUAAAUAUACAUGUUCAGUCGAGAAAAGUAAUUUUACCAAAACCAAACACUUUGAUCAAAUUACCUUGCCUAAACACACACAAAUCAAUGAAAUGCUGAAGCUGCUGAGCCGGGUCAGUCUUGCUAGAUCGCCAUGGAGGAGCUACACGUCCCUAGCUGCAUGUCAGCCGGCACAGAGACGCCGCUUCGCAACAGAAGCGGCCGGAAAAAGUGCGGGCCACGAAAACGCCGGAUUCGUUGAAUGGCGAACCGUCUAUAGUCUGUCGAGCAUAAGGUUCGUGGCCGCACUUAGUAAGCUGAAAGUGUACCAGGCUGUCCUCACGGCUGCCGGAACGCCCAUUGUCUUCGCCCUGGGCAGUGCCGGACAGCUAAGCACGGACGCACUGGCCAUCUACGCAGCCGUGGGAGUCACAGGCCUGAUCACCCUCACACUCGCCAGCUACGCGUCCACGAAUCUCGUGGGCUUCGUCUACGUGAACGAGCAACAGGAUCUGCUCAAGCUAGCCUACGUAGACUUCUGGGGACGGCGACAGGAGACACUCGUGGAAACCGAGGAUCUGCUGCCCAGCUGGGAGCAGGGAAGUUCGUCCCGACUGCGAUUCGUUUCGUCCAUCUGCCUGCGCAGCGAUCCCAAAAGGCGGUACAAACUUCUUAAUCGCUUUGGCCAUGUCAGUGAUCCCCAGUUCUUUGAGGGCCUCUUUGGAGAUUGAAUAUAGUUUUAGGCAAUUGUUACGGAGUCACCCAUUGUUAGUAUCUGAAUUACAAAAUCAUGUACCAGAGCC